ACACCGAGCAGAGCGGCGAAACAUGGCGACUUCGAACAAUCCGAGGAAAUUCAGCGAGAAAAUCGCCCUGCACAACCAGAAGCAGGCGGAGGAGACGGCCGCCUUCGAGGAGGUGAUGAAGGACCUGAGCAUCACGCGCCAGGCCCGGUUGCAGAAGGCUCAGUACCUGCAGCUAGGGCCAAACCGGGGCCCGUACUACGGAGGCUCUCUGCCAAAUGUCAACCAAAUCGGAAACAGUGCCACAGAUGGGCCAUUUCAGACGGACAGCGGCAGAGGCACGCGGCAUCACGGCCUGGUGGACAGAGUGUACAGAGAAAGGAACCGUAUGACGUCACUUCACCGCAAGCCCCUGUCUGUGGACAAGCACGGGCGACAGAUAGACAGCUGUCCGUACGGCUCUGUGUACCUGUCUCCACCGCCCGACACCAGCUGGCGGAGGGUGAACUCUGACUCGGCUCUCCACCAGAGUACUCUGACCCCAGCCCAGCAGGGUCCCUUCAACGGAGGCUCCCAGGAGAUCCAGCCCAAGAGAGUUCUCCUCCUGAAUGUACCAGAUGGAUUUAAACAGGAAUCUGAAGAUGGCGGACAGAACUGGGAUUGCAAAAAGAAUGUUUCGAGUUCAAAAGUUCCUGGAAUACACAUCUUCCCGUCUCCAGAGCAACAGUUGUCCCUCUCUCUCAAACCAGCAGCCCACAGCACGGGUGGCUCUCUGCCCGACCUCACCAACCUACAGUUCCCCCCUCCUCUGCCCACACCUCUGGACUCAGAGGACACAGGGGCGGGCUCCUAUGGCAGCUUACACUCACUCAGCACACAACAAGGAGUGAACGCCUCGCAGCCCCUGGUUGCCAUGGAAACGCAGAGCCAGUCGGACAUGGUUCCUCUGAUGCUGAACGCCGGAGAGUCCCAACACCAGCAGCAGUCCUCCACGCAGCCCCCCCUCACUCUGUCCCAGGCUACGAUCAAUGCCAUGAAUCUGGAGCAGCAGUUGUCUCAAUACGCCUUCUUCAGCCUAGAGCCCCCAGCGCCAACGCACCACAGCCAACAACAGACAGGCCUGGUCCAGAUGCCCUCCCUGAACUCUGCCACAGACAACCAGAGCACACCUCAGAACAUGACCAUCGAUAUGAAUGUGUGUCAGGCCUUCUCCCAGUACCGCAGCCGAAUGGGAUCCUCGGCCAAUCAGUCGCCCACGUCCCCUGUCUCCAACCAAGGCUUUUCGCCCGGAGGCUCACCCCAACUGGAACAGUUUAACAUGUUCGAGACCCCCGUCAGCUCUGACAGCCUACCCUACAACCAGACCUCCACUCUCAACUACUCCCAGGCCCUCAUGAUGGGGCUGAGUGGGCCACAUCUCCAGGACAUGCAGGGGCUGGGCUUCAGUAACCACGGCAACAUCCCCAACAUCAUCCUCACAGUGAGCGGCGAGUCUCCACCCGGCCUGAACAAAGACCUGGGCUGCCUCACCACAGAUCUGGACCUGGACUCUCCAUUUCCCCUUGACGACCUGAGGCUGGACCCCCUGACCCUGGAUGGACUGCACAUGCUCAAUGACCCCGACGUGAUCCUGACUGACGCUGCCACGGAGGACGCAUUCAGGAUGGAUAGACUGUGACCCCCCUCCUCCGUAUGUAACCACGUUACAACUUUGGUUUGGACUGACAUGCAGCAGAGGAAACAUGCAGCCAGCCCAAGUGUCUCACUGUUGGAUUUCAGAUGAGAUCUCAACAUUCUAUAGGCCAAUUAUAUUUAAUACAGAUGGGGGGAUGGUGUUUAAAUGGGAAAGUACUUUGUAUUAAAUAGGGAAAUCUGGCUCUUGCCCCCCAUCUGAGAGUAUGACUUCAUUACGUUCUUCAAUUUGGAAACCAUAACAGUUACUGUACAAAUGUGUUUGAUUUACAACCAGUCUCUUGAAAGAAAUGCUAUGUGCUGUUUACAGCCAUAUUUUAUUACAAAACUAUUUUAAUGUGACAGUAGUCACAGCACCUGGAGGCCACAUGCAGCUUCUACACUUUAGAACAGGGGU